AUGGUUGUUCUCAACACAUGGGGCUACAUCAGCUCAUUCGGCGUCUUUCAGACCUUUUACACCGACAUGCUGGAUCGUUCGCCAUCUGACAUCUCCUGGAUUGGCUCCGUCCAAAUCUUUCUACUCUUCUUCAUCGGCGUUCUGGCGGGCCGCAUAUCAGACGCAGGCUACUUUCGGCAACUGGUGACACUGGGGUUUAUCCUGCAGAUGAUAGGCAUCUUCACCACCUCCGUGGCGACGCAGUACUGGCAAAUCUUCCUAUCGCAAGGUAUCUGCAUGGGCUUGGGCAACGGCUGCCUAUUCUGCCCCAGCUUGGCCGUCGUUUCGACCUACUUUAGCAAGCGGCGGGCGCUUGCGAUAGGGAUCAUGUCGAGCGGCACGGGCGUCGGUGGCUUGGUGUUUCCAAGCAUCGCUCGCCAGUUGUUGCCGUCGAUCGGAUUCGGCUGGACCGUCAGGACGAUUGGAUUCGUCCAGCUCGUGACGCUGGGGGCAGCGCUUCUUGCUUUGAAGCCGCGUGUUCCCCCUCGAAAAUCUGGCCCGUUGUUCGAGUUUGCAGCGUUCAAGGAUCCGGAGUAUUCACUCUAUGUGUGCGGCAGCUUCUUUUGUUUUCUAGCUCUUUAUUUCGCUUACUACUACGUCGCCUCGUUUGGCCGCGAAAAAAUCGGACUCAGCUAUGCAGACGGCCUGAAUCUGUUGCUGGUGAUUAACAGUGUUGGUAUAACCGGGCGUAUAGCACCCAACUUCAUAGCCGAUCGGCUUGGACCUAUUACAGUCCUUAUUCCUUUUGCCGCCUUUUCUGGGAUUGGCAUGUUGUGCUGGAUGGCCGUGAAGAAUGUCGCGGGGCUCUAUGUGUGGAUUGUUUUCUACGGCACUUUUGCUGGUGGCGUCCAGAGUCUGGUCCCUGCGGGACUGAGCAGUCUAACCAUCGACCUCCAGAAGGCAGGCGUACGAUUAGGCAUGAUGUUCACCGUCAUGAGUUUUGCCGCGUUGACGGGGCCGCCGAUUGCAGGCCAAAUCAUAUCUGCGGCUCAUGGGGCGUACUUUGGCGCCGAGAUAUUUGCUGGCAUCUCGAUGCUGAUAGGAUCACUAUUCUUCACUGCGGCCAAGUGGGCCAAAUGUCGUCGAAUAGAAGGGAGUUCAAUUUGGAAGACGAGAGUAUGA